UAAACCAUAACCUCCACUAUAUAGAUUCCUUGCUGCUUCUAAUUUAAGUUUAAGUAGAAUUAGAAAUUAUAAUUAAAAAAUAACUCAAAUGCCACUGAGUUUAUCCACAUAUAUAAGUAUAGGUUGAGUUGUUGUCUUCCAGGGUGGCUUUGCAGUUACAGAAGCUGACCAUGGCGAUGGGGGUUAGAAUGUUUGGUUAUGUGAUGAUGUGCGGCAUCGUCCUGUGCCAAUUCGUUGUUGCCGGUGAUGAUUAUAUUAACGGAGGCCAUUAUUAUCAGCAAAUAAUAGGAAGAAGUUUCGAGUCGAGGAACUGUGAUUAUUUUGAAGGGAGUUGGGAAUAUGAUGAUUCAUACCCACUUUACGAUUCAACCAGCUGCCCUUUCAUUGGACAAGGAUUCGAUUGCCAGAAAAAUGGCAGACCUGAUCAAGAUUACCUCAAGUAUCGUUGGCAGCCUGCUGCUUGUGACAUUCCCAGGUUCAACGGAGUGAGUACGUUGGAGAAAUAUAGAGGAAAAAAGAUAAUGUUUGUUGGGGAUUCUCUAAGCAACAAUAUGUGGGUGUCUUUGACAUGCUUGCUUCAUGCUUCAGUCCCCUAUUCUACUUAUACCAUUCAACAAGAAGGCCUGCUCUCUACAUUUUUCAUGCCGGAAUAUGGGAUAGCGGUGAUGUGGUUGAAAGAAGGGUUCCUAGUAGAUGUGAUUCAUGAUGAACAAUUUGGCGAAGUUCUAAAGCUGGAUUCCAUCAACACUGGACAGCAAUGGCUAGGAAUGGACGUCUUAAUCUUCAACACCUAUCAUUGGUGGUUCCACACCGGACGCUAUCGAACUUGGGACUACUUUCAAGUAGGAGACAAGAUGGUUAAAGAGAUGGAUCGUUUGGAAGCUUUGAAGAUUGCAUUAACUACUUGGGCUAAUUGGAUUGACAAUAACAUUGAUCCUUCCAAGACUUCAGUAUUCUACCAAGGAGUUGUUGUUGCCCAUCUCGAUGCCAAGGAAUGGGAUGAUCCAAACCCCAAGGCAAAGGAAUGUCAGGGACAAACUGAACCAGUUGAGGGAUCAACGUAUCCAGGCCCUAUGAAUCAAGGAGAAGCUGUUGUAAAGGAAAUAAUAAGCAACAUGACAAGGCCUGCCUAUUUGCUUGACAUUACAUUGCUUACACAGCUAAGGAAGGAUGGUCAUCCAUCUAUAUAUGCUGGAAGUGGCACCAAGCUCAGUGACUGUAGUCACUGGUGUCUUGCUGGUGUUCCUGAUACCUGGAACCAGCUUCUAUAUGCUGCAUUGUUUGACAAUUGAAAUGUAAUUUUAUUUAUUUGUUUGUUUAUUUUAUGGUACAUCAUGAAUAUGUCAACUUAAAGUGAGACUGAUUAUUAUAA